GAUGGAAUAUUAUUCCUCCCUCUCCUCCACCUCCUCUCUUUUUUUACCUUAGCACUCUUCUUCUUCUCCCGUUUCUUUUUUCUCCUUUUCAUUCUUCAAUUGCACGUUAUCUCUGAUAUUGCAUUUUCUGAACAUUUCUAUUUUCUAAGCAUCAUUACAGACCUAUAAAACAUAAUUUUAAAAAAGUCGGGGAAACUUCCUCUCCUGCUACUUUUGGAAUACGCACGAUAGCAAACUUGAAGUAUUUAAAGCCAUUGUCACAGGUUUAAGCAUUCCCAGUAAUUAUGUGAUAUGAUCGUAAAUUUUUAAUGAAAAUUAUUGUCAAUUAUCACAGGUGAAAAAAUGUACAAGGGUCAAUCACUUUUAAUGGAAAAAUGUAUCUUGAAUCUUAAGUCUUUCAUGCAAGAAAAGAGAUUGUCUACAAUAUAUGUUUAUGUAUAGUGUAGCGUGUGUUCGAAAAUAACAUAUUAUAAUCAAAUCCAUCUCAUUAUCACGGAGCUUUAAACAGAUCCUUGUAAUUAUCAAGUGCUUUACGUGCUUAUAAUCGUCAAUUAAUCACCCAUAUUCCAACAAGCUAUCAGGCAGUCAAUGUGAAGUGCUGAUAUUACUCGAUUGCCCAAACGAUAUGAUACGUUUUUAAUUGUAUAAAUACGAGUGAUUUGGUUCGAUUAAAAUCAUAUUACUGCGACAAAGACCAGCUCGGUUGUGAUUUGAUUCAGCUGCUAUAGAAAUAUGGAGAGCAUUUCUUCAGUCGCUGUCGUUUUCUUGGCUUUUGUCAUAGCAAGAGGGUGUGAAGCUGCUAGUGUCAAAUAUGGCGAUCUGGGCUAUUUCAGCUACGGCAGUGGUUGCCACCAUGCUUGUCCAGAGAGUCCCGAAGCAAUCGUGAUAAAGUAUUGGCUCUAUACUCCAGAGAAAAAUAGCGGUUACUCUAAAGAGCUACUCGACCGGUAUGAUGACAGCACCAUCCGAAAUUCAAAAUUCGAGGGUAAUCGAGGCACAAAAUUCAUAAUUCACGGCUACACAGACGUAUACACAUCAGGUUGGGCUCAAGAUAUGAAGAAGGCACUCGUAGAUGAGAAUAUGAAUGUUAUAAUGGUGGACUGGCAAGAAGGGGCAGGGCGAAUCAAUUACGCACAGAGCAGAGCUAAUACCCGGGUUGUUGGUCGCGAUAUUGGCAAACUCAUCGAUAGAUUGAAGGCUGUUUCCGGUGCCUCGUAUGGGAGCAUGCAUAUCAUCGGCCAUAGUUUGGGGGCACAUACCGCGGGGUAUGCUGGUGAGGCCUUGAGUGGACAAGUUGGACGACUGACCGGAUUGGAUCCAGCCGGACCUGAAUUCACUAGAUGUGGAAACGAGUGUCUUAUCGAUAAAUCGGAUGCAGUCUUUGUUGAUAUCAUACACACCGAUGGAACGUUAAAUCCUCAGAUUGAAUAUCCUAUACAUGGCUGUGGACUUCUUGAUCAGCUAGGUCACCAGGAUUUUUAUCCGAACGGAGGAGAAGUCCAACCGGGCUGCGAGGCAACCAAUGUGAUCCAGGCUUGUGAUCACAUGAGGGCUGUCUAUCUCUUCACUGAGAGUAUCGGAUCGAACUGCUUCUCAUGCAGCAAGAAGUGCACAAGCUGGGAGAAUCAAUCCAGUUGCUCCAACUGUGGCACUUGUCCUGUGAUGGGCUAUGGCGCAUCCAAGAGUAAGGGACAAGGGGCAUUCGACCUCGACACUAGAAGCAGAUCUCCCUUCUGCUAUUAAUAAGCCGGGGUGAAAUUAUUGAAAGUGCAUUAGAAAUUAGGUGGCCAUGAUUACGUUAUUGAAAAGUCAUGUGAUUGUUAAAACUUAAAAUCUGGAAAGGUUCAAACCCUUUUCCAUCAUUUUUUUAAAGAAUUUAUUAUGGGAAGGGGGUAUUUUAAAGGGAUAAGGGCAAAUGUGUCAGUAAUUGUGAUAUAAACUUAGCAUGCAUUUCUUUACAGGCGUUUAAAAUCAGUGGUAAUCUUAUUCAUAAUGACUAGAUGUAUAUAAUCUUUUUACAUUGAAUAAAAUAACACUGGGAAUAUUAUAAGACAUUUUUUAAAAGGAAGUGAUUCCCCUGGGUCAACAAAAGCUUUCAGAAGCAAUCUCUAUUUUAUAUGUUAUUUCUAAAAUGGUUGUAUUUAAGAAAUCAUCCAAAUUAGACAUUUCCCCCUUCUCUCCACAGAGGUAAAAAAAAGUUAUGAUCCUUUUUUUUUCUGGUCAGAAAUUGUUUUAAAAAGUGCCCCCUUUUCCCCUGCUCUAUGCUGGUCAAUCCAGAAAAACAAAUCUGCUCUUAAUACUUAAAAUGCAGUUUGUGGUUUAUAAAUACUGCACCAUGCAGAAAGAACGAUGAAUGUCCAGGAAACAAAAAACAUUUAUAAAUGUUUUGAACAGUUGAAUGUCAAUGAUAACCUGAAAUUAAGUGCAGAGUGUUCUACGAUGACUAAAAUUUCAGAAGUUAUGAUAUCAACAAUAAUGGUGAUAAUGAUGUUAAUAGUGAGGAUGAUGAUCAUGAUAAUCAUGAUAAUGAUGAUGUUGUACUAAACAAAAGGUGAAAUGAGUAGAAAAGGACGGAGAAAAGACAGUUAUUUCCGUUUUAAUAAAAUAUGCCAUCACUUCUCGGCACUUUUAAAGGACGAAUUUACCCCUUUCCAUCCUUUCAUUGUUUUUUAAUGUCUUAAUGAUAAUGAUAAAGUAAUUAUCGGUAGAAAUGUUUUUGCCGUUUUGACUGUGUAUAAAAUAUUUUUGUGAGAAAUUCGAUAAAUAAAAUAACAUUGGUUCAUCUACGGCUGUGCUGUCUUUGAUAAUAUUUCGUACAUAAAUCGUUGAUUUCAUAUUGUUUGCUGAAACCGUC